CCAUGUCCAUGACAACGUUUGUAAAAUUUAUGAGAGUGUAAUUCUGUAUAUUGUUUAAUAGCUCAAAGGGAAACUAUACAGUGCGAGAUGGCUAAGACUGUAUCUAUUUCCGACGAAACAUCCGUAGCAACAUCUGGGAAAUGGUUUUGGAAAGAAGAAACACAAUCGCUUGAAUUCCAGGCAAGUGCUACACAAUCACUCGACCAGAAAGAUAAGAAGAAUCAGAGGAAGAAAAAUCAUACUUUUGGGGAGGCUGCAAACAAGAAAGACAGAGCAACACCAAACCGACUCGAUGGAAAAGGUCAAGGAGGGUCAAAGGGGAAUCAGCGUAUUGGUGCUAGGUCAGCAAGGUCAAACAAAGUGGAAAAAGAAACAACUGUGACAUUGCAGAGAGUGAAGUCUGUUGCCCUGUUCAUGCUUAAUGAAGUCAACUUUCCCACCGAUUCAUUUGAGAUGUGCUUAUUUGAACUAGACCAAUUUGAUGAGUUUCUCCUUGGAUUACUGAACUACUUUUCAAGUUACUUUGACAGAAGUGUUUUGGAAAACAGACCCAAGCAGAUGACCACUGAACCCAGUUUUGCAGAGCAAGCGGCCAUGGCUGAAAUCACUGAGCGCAUGGAUGUAGCUCAGAGGCAUCUAGCCCAGAGCUACUGUAUUCUUAUUCUUGGUCUUGGUUUGCAUGAACAUCAUCACAUGGGCAGUGGAAUGAAGAGACAGUCAUCUACAUACAAAGAUAGAGAAAUAUAUGAAACUUUGUAUAAGUUUUGUGUAUACCUGGUAUGGCUGGUAUUCAGAAGAAAGGACCAUGAUCUCAUCAACAAAGAGCUGGGAAGAAUCUUGAGGUCUGAUGUGUUCAACCCUGCCCUGCGAGUCAAGAAUUCCUUGGAUGAAGAUGCUGAGAAUGAAGAAGAAGCAAUCAGGGAUAUGUUUACCUUCACCCCAGCCACCACUCCAGCCGAAAGAAGAAGACAAAAUAGAGAGAGACCUUCAAUUACAAAUAUAAUCAAGACGAGAUCACCAGUUCUCAAGUCACUACUCCCCACUCCUAAAGAAGCUAAUGAAUACUUGUUUGGCAAGAUGACAUUGGAUGCUUCUGGAAAAUCUCAAACACCAGAUUCUAAUUCACCAGCUGGGAAAGGAAGACCUUCAUUCUUCAAGAAAAACAUUGGUAUCAUUGGUGAACCACUGAACCAGUUUAACCCUCAGACCCUGGCUCCUGUCGGGUCGGAACAAGAUGAAGAAACAGAAGAAGAUCAGACCAAGAGAGAAGGAUUUGCCGGGACGCCUACCAAGCCAGCACCAAUGCAAGGUGGAGUGAGUCGUCAGAUGACCUCCUUGUCACAAGCCACAGAUGUAUUCUCAGAUGACGAAGACUGAAGGACAUACCCCUUAAUUUCUCUUUGUAAUGUUAUUUUCAUCUUUCCGUCCUUUCUCCUUAUAUAAAGAUGCAAUAGCCUUGAUCCUUUUACAUGUAUAUCUGAUAUAUAAAAGUUUCCACCUGGAGUAAUUGGUCUAAUUUUGCCUCAAGAUUUUUUUUUUUUUUGAUGAGGCAUAACAUUGCAAAUUUAUAAUGAGUUAUUGCCUUUAAUGAUGAUGUUGUUGUUUAAUGCGGGAAUUAACAUUAGUCAAUAUUUAUUAAGUGUAUUUCUAUAGUUGGUAAAAACUCAACUUGAUUUACAGAUGGAGAGAAAGAGAGAGAGAGAGAGAGAGAGGGAGAGAGAGAGAGAGAAAAAUAAAAAGACAGAUUAAGGGGGGAUUACUACACACAAGAGCAACACAGAGAUGUUGGAAAAUUCCACUUGCAAAAAAGAAAAAACACCAUCCUGCAUUAGCAAUUCAUAUGAGUAUUCAAAAUUACAGCCGAAAUGUUAUCCAUGUUGACUUAUCAUUACUGUAAUAAAAGGAGAAGUAAUUCUGGAAAAAAAGUAGACAAGGAUCCCAGGACUAUUGAUUUUAUACACAGGAUAAACACAUUGGACACUUUGGUUUCUAAUUACCAACAAAAGACAAAUAUGAGAAAGAUAUUAGUUGAAAAGAUAUAGUAAUUGUGUAUAAUUACUGUUAUGAUUUGUUAUUUUAUUUUGUAACAUCAGUGUCUUUAUAGGUCACUAGUGCAGUUUGAUGACGAUUUUGAUACAAGUACUUAGUGGUUUUAAAGCUGGCACAUGUAUAAUAUCAUUUUUGCUGUAUGGAGAUGGCUAUUGAUUAAAAUAACCUAUUAUUAGCUCUUUUGAAUAUCUCUGGGCAUGUAUUAUCAUUGCAAAAGCUACAUUUCUUUAGAACUUUUUAAUCUGAAAUGAAUGAAUACAGAUUUGUACAAGUAUACUUAUAUUAUGUAAUUACCAAAUGCUGUACAACAUUGGACGUUAUCAUUAUGUAUAUCAUUGUAGCAAAAUUACCAUUUCAACAAAAUAAUUAAUUAAAUAAAAAUUAAAUAAUUAAAACGUUAUGAUUAUACUAUUCUUUUUCAGUUAAAUUGUUAGUCUGUUCACAUCUGGUAAUCUUGAUAUUAGUCUAAAUGUGUAUCUGCAAGUAUAAUAAAGGUGUAAACAGGAA